AUGAAUCCCGUGAAGCCAGAAGAAGAUUAUUCGGGGUUUCAUUAUUCAUCAACUAGAAAUCUGAAUUCCAAGGUUGGUUCAUCAAGUUACCCUUUCCCGCGUCCCGAUCCUGUUGUUGUGUUACAUGAUUAUCCCGGCUCUUAUUGUCCAUCUGGCAUAAACCCGAAUUGGAAUUCUGGUUCAUCAAGCUACUCUUCCCGGCAGAAUUCAUCAUGUUUUUCCUCCGGCUUGAAUACAGUCAAGCAAGAAGAUUACCCGGGGUCCUACAAUUAUUCAUCAAGCACUAAUCAGAAUGGCCAUUCUAGGCGGCCACAAUCAGGGGGGACGAAGAAGAGUUUUUCCGGUGACGGAAAACCCGGCUCGUCCAAGUCCGGUGCAGGUGAUUCGGAUGGAGAAUCACGGAAAGCAGAUGACAGGGCACUUUUUAAAGAAGCUUUGAAGGAUUUAAAUCAACCCACCACCGAAAUUGAUGUGCCAGAGGGGAUUUUAUCUGUUCCGCUGAUUCGGCACCAGAAAAUAGCCCUGGCUUGGAUGAUGGAGAAGGAGAAAGGACAUGGUAUUUGUAUUGGUGGAAUUCUUGCUGAUGAUCAGGGCUUGGGUAAGACAGUCUCCAUGAUUGCUCUUAUUCAAAUGCAUAGGCCACUACAACAAACCCAUAAGACCGAGAAGAAGGUACCCGCUGCUGUAGUAAAACCACCUGAAGGAUUGAUUUUGGUAGACGAAGACACUGCUCCUGGUGCUGUUAAAACUGAACAAUUUGUGAAGCUAGAAGUAAAAUCCGAAAAUGUGGAAGAAGUUCCAUCAGUAAACACUGGUGUACUUCGACAAUGGGCUCGCGAAUUGGAUGAGAAAGUGGCAGAGGAAUCAAAACUCAGUGUUUUAGUUUAUCAUGGAAGCAAAAGGACCUUGGACCCAUUUGAAUUGGCAAAAUAUGAUGUUGUUUUAACUACAUAUGCUUUUGUUUCGAUGGAAGUUCGAAAACAGCCUGUUCCUGAUAAUAAGAAGAAGAAGAACCACAGGGUCAAAGUUGCUCGAGCUUGCUUCAGUCUCAGGGCGAAUACCAGGUGGUUGUUAUCUGGGACGGCGCUUCAGAAUGAGAUUAAGGAGUUGUAUAGCUAUUUCAGGUUCUUGAGGCAUGAUCCUUACAGCAAUUUCAUUAAGUUUGUCAAAGGUUUUCAGAAACCUAAAUGUGGAGGAUCAGGAUAUCAGAGGAUCCGAAUGGUGUUGAAGCCCAUAAUGUUGCGCCGAACUAAAGAAACAUUGAUUGAUGGAACUGUUGAAGACAACUGGUCUAUCAUUCUGUUGAUGGUUCUACGGCUUCGCCAGGCUUGUGACCAUCCAAUGCUUGUGAAGAAUUCGUACAAAAAAAUUGUCAGUAGAGAUGCUUUGAAAACUGGAUUGACCCUUCCAAAAGAAAAACGUCAGAGUUUAUUAGAGGUAUUGAAAAGCCCUUUUGCUGUCUGUGGUCUCUGCGGUGAUCCUACGCCAGAACUUGUUGUUGUUACUAUAUGUGGGCAUGUUUACUGCUUUGAAUGUGUGAUCAAUCACUUGACAGAGGUGGAGUCUAUCACUUGUCCUGAUGCUGGAUGCAAUGAAGAUAUUGGAAUGGAUUCUAUUUUCACAGAAGAAAUAUUGAAAGAGUGUCUCUCUGAUGAUAUUGACGAUGAUUCUUCCAGUUCACCUAGUAAUGAUGAAGAAGUUCUAAUAAUCCCAAAGAACCAGUCCAGUUCCAAGAUCAAUGCUGCCCUUCAGGUUCUAAAGAGUUGCUGUAAAGUUCCAUCAAUCUCUAGUCCACAAGAAAAUGAAUCGCAAAUCUCCAACCCGGCAAAGACUAUUGUGUUUUCCCAGUGGACAAGCAUACUAGACUUGGUGGAGGAAGAACUACGCCGUACGAAUUUAAAAUACAGACGGCUAGAUGGCACAAUGUCACUGAUUGCUAGAGACUUGGCUGUGAAAGAUUUCAACACCAAUCCUGAGGUGGUUGUUAUUUUAUUGUCACUCAAAGCUGGAAAUCUAGGUCUCAACAUGGUUGCUGCUAAUCAUGUGAUACUUUUGGAUCCAUGGUGGAAUCCGACCACUGAAGAUCAGGCUGUUGAUCGAGCGCACAGAAUCGGACAGACUAGUCCCGUUACAGUUACAAGGUUAAUCAGUCAACAGACCAUUGAAGACCGAGUUUUGAUGCUUCAGCAUAAAAAGAGAAAAUUGGUCUCGGAUGUCAUUGGUGAGGAUCCACGUCAGGGCUCUGCAAGUGCCUUAACCGUAAACGAUCUCAAGAUGCUGUUCAAUGUGAGGUAA